AUGUAUAAAAUGGAGUAUUCUUACCUGAACUCAUCUGCUUACGAGUCUUGCAUGGCUGGAAUGGACACCUCCAGUCUCGCAUCGGCUUAUGCAGACUUCAGUUCCUGCAGCCAAGCCAGUGGAUUUCAAUAUAACCCCAUCCGGACUACCUUCGGGGCAACGGCUGGGUGCCCCUCACUGACACCCGGCGCCUGCAGCCUAGGCCCACUACGAGACCACCAAAGCAGCGCGUACUCUGCAGUUCCAUAUAAGCUGUUCACGGACCAUGGCGGUUUGAAUGAGAAGCGGAAACAGAGGCGCAUCAGAACCACCUUCACCAGCGCGCAGCUGAAAGAGCUGGAGCGCGUGUUCGCCGAGACCCACUACCCCGACAUUUACACACGCGAGGAGCUCGCUCUUAAAAUAGACCUGACCGAAGCGCGUGUGCAGGUAUGGUUCCAAAACAGGCGUGCAAAAUUUCGCAAGCAAGAGCGCGCAGUUGCUGCUGUAUCUGCCGCAAAAAACGGAUCCUCUGGGAAGAAGCCAGACUCACGCGAGGAAGACAACAACGAAUCUAAAGUCACCGAUCCGGAUAGUACAGGAGGGCCUGGGUCAAACCCAAAUCCAACCUCCACCUGUGGUGGACUCAGCCCUUCCCCGGGGAUAGCAACAGGCACCGGACACAUGGAGUCUGUCAAGACGUCGCCAAGUCACCUCGUUGGCACCACGUCCAGUCCUGGGUGGGCGUCGCCUGCAAGUGGAAUGUCAAAUUUGACGGACUCUCUGGGUGGACCGUUCGCCAACGUGCUCUCUUCCUUGCAAAGACAAAACGGCAACAAGGCAGGAAUGGUAAAGAUGUUCUGAUACCACGUUUGACCCGUGGAGAGCGUGCAGGAGAACACUUGAGGUAACACACAUUUCAUGCAAAACGAAGAACAUUUACAAGGAUUUGCGGAACAUUUACUUUACGCAUGGACAGAUGUGUCCAUUAUUCAUUUUCUAGAGACGAUAGGCUAGACUUCCCGGUCGCACGCAAUGUGUGUGAGUUUGUGUGUGUGUGUGUGUGUGUUGAACAUGAAGUUCCCAGCACUUUU